AUGGAUCCAAUAAUGACAUUUCUUAGAGAAGAAUGUUCACGAUCCAGUUACUAUUCUGAAACAAGUUUAUUUUCACUUAGUCUUUGUUUAUUAGAUGCUAUACUACGUGAUAGUACUCAUGUGACAACUGAUAUUCAUGUUGAACGUUUUUUUAUAUUCAGUUUAACAUUUGUUCUUAAAGCUAUACUUAAUUCUGAUGAACAAAAACGUUGUUCAGAUGUAUUAAAAAAUUAUGUUUCAGUUUUACCCGAUGAUGAUAGAGAAAUAUCUGUUUUUGAUUAUUAUGUUGAUGAAUCCUGUGAAUGGGAUUUAUGGACAGCUAAAGUUGAUGAACUUAACGAAAAUAUUCAAGAUCGCAUUGAUGUUUUUGGUAAUAUACUUGUACAAACAGUUGAUUUAGCUCGUGCGCAUUAUUUUCUUAAAUAUGCUUCAUUAGCACAAGUUAAUGUUUUACUUACUGGUACAACUGGUUCAUGUAAAUCAUUUUUAUUAGAUACAUUUCUUAGUGGAUUAGAUCAAGCACAUUUUCUUGCAACACGUUUAAAUUUUUCAAAAGCAACAAAUUCUGUUGAUUUACAAAAAUUUAUUGAAGCGAAUGUUGUUCAUCUACAAGGUUUUACAUAUGGUGCUCCAUUAGCAAAAAAACUUUGUUUAUUUAUUGAUGAUUUACAAGCAUCAACAACAAAUGGAUUAGAAAAAUUUUAA